AAGAUAUUGUUCAGUUCAGUCAGUCACUUCAUUUGCUUGAGUCGCUUGCUUGUUUUGUUUAUUUUACUCCAUCGUAAAAGUUAUUGGAAGAAGAAAGCUACGUAUCGCGUGAUAACACAAUUAAUAAACUUAACUACGAUUACCUAUAUUGCUAAAAUCCAGUCGGAAAUCUCCAUAAACAAUGACUGAAGUUCAGUUACAAGAGUUUAAAUUAGACCCAGACUCGGAACUUCGAUUCGAAGUCGAAUCUAAGAACGAAAAAGUAGUUUUGGAAGUUAAGAGUGGUUACGCGGAGUUGUUUGGCACAGAACUUGUAAAAGGGAAGCCCUAUGAGUUCCACACGGGCGCCAAGGUGGCUGUGUUCACGUGGCAUGGCUGCACGGUGGAGCUGCGGGGUCGCACCGAAGUCAGCUAUAUUGCUAAAGAAACUCCUAUGGUAAUCUACUUGAAUGUCCACGCGGCUUUAGAGCAGCAGAGGGUGGCAGCAGAGCAGGGCAACAACAGAGGGCCCGUGGCCAUGGUCGUGGGACCCGGAGACGUUGGCAAGUCCACCUUGACGAGGCUACUGCUAAACUAUGCAGUCAGGAUGGGACGGAGGCCGAUAUAUGUUGAACUCGAUGUCGGCCAAGGACAGAUCAGUGUUCCUGGGACUAUAGGUGCUCUGUUGGUGGAAAGACCAGCGUCCAUAGAGGAAGGCUUCAGUCAGCAGGCACCGCUGGUGUACCACUUUGGGCACUCCUCGCCCGGAGAGAACCUCGAGUUGUACAACACAAUAGUAUCCAGGCUGGCGGAGGUCAUUGCAGAGAGGUGCGAGAAUAACAAAAAAGCGUCAACUUCGGGUGUCAUCAUCAACACAUGCGGUUGGAUAAAAAAUGCCGGAUACAAGGUGCUCACGCACGCCGCCCAAGCUUUCGAGGUGGACGUGAUAUUAGUUUUAGACAAUGAAAGACUGUACAACGAACUAAAGAGGGACAUGCCGAAGUUCGUCAAAGUAGUCUACUUACCUAAGAGUGGCGGGGUGGUGGAGCGGUCGCCGCCGCAGCGCGCGGAAGCCCGCGACGCGCGCAUCCGCGAGUACUUCUACGGCAAGCGCACGCCCUACUACCCGCACUCCUUCGACGUCAAGUUCACUGACCUCAACAUAUACAAGGUAGGUGCGGUGUCGCUGCCCGACUCCUGCAUGCCGCUGGGCAUGCGCGCGGAGGACGCGCUCACCAAGCUGGUGCCGGUCACCGCUUCACCUGCGCUGGCGCAUCGACUGCUGGCUGUCUCCUUCGCCGCCGCGCCGCACGAUGAUGUCCUCAACACUAACCUGGCUGGCUUCGUUUGCGUAACGGCGGUAGACAUGGAGCGGCAGACCCUGACGAUAUUGUCCCCGCAACCACGACCGCUCCCCAACACAGUGCUGUUGUUAUCUGAACUGCAGUACAUGGACAACCAUUAGCGGUGGACUACGCUACACUAGUGGUACUAGUGAUGGACAAUUCAUAAGUGAUUUCAUAUAACGUCGCUCAAAAUUGAAUUAAAAUGAAUUUAUUGUAAAUAUAGUUAGGAAUUAAAUAAAUUUGUAACUUGUUUUAA